AUGACAAAGGAUACAGGUGACGUGAUAGACAUUCUGACACUUAUAAACUCGGCUAUCAACUUCAUCUUGUAUUGCGCCAUGAGUCGACAAUUCCGCACAACCUUCAAUCAAUUGUUCUGCAAGCGAUGGCGAUUAAUCGGCAGGUGGAUGGCAGUGCCGCAUCAACCGAUGGAGAACAACGGGCAUACCGGGACCAAUCACACGGUGACCCAGGUCACUCAGGUCUAGCGUCGAAGAAAUCGACGGACUUUUUGCUAUCCGGUAUAAAGAGCUCGCUGAUUAGCUUCCUUUUAGAGACAUGUAUUGCAAGUCCACAAGAAUAGAAAGAGGAUAUUUCCUCCGCGAUUUUCCAUCCUCCGACAAGUAAAGAGAGGUGAAAUUUAUUUGCUCGCUACUGCCAUCGGUCUUAAUUGCAUCAUCGUUGCGAACUUUACAACGCCCGAGGCGUCUUCGAACGCCGGCUUCACCAUGCAGGACAUGCGACAU